GGCAUAAGUAGCACUGCUUGGUUGUGUCCAUCAUAUUUUUGUCAACCACUAAUACUUUGAGUCAUAGAAUCACUUUCAAAUUGUUUUCGGUGCCUAUUGGGAUAUAAGUCAUGGUGUCACAUUCAUAACUAAGUAGUCUAUUUUUAAUUUGCUAAGCAUGUCAAAAUAUGUUGAAUUGUCAUUAAUUUUAUCAUUAUUGUUACUAUUAUUACCAUUCAUUUAAGGGAUUCCUAACUGCUAUGAGGCAAGAAGUGGCCAGAGCGAAUAAAUACGCAUUGGAUGAUGUAGUCUUAACAAAUGAUGUAACAAAAUUAAUGCGUGAAGAAUUAACCAAAGGUCCGUCUGAAGGUGUUUACAUUCAUGGUUUGAGUCUAGACGGAGCUGGUUGGGAUCGUAAACAGGCGAGAUUGAUGGAACCUCCACCGAAGCUGCUGUACACACCACUUCCAGUUGUUCAUGUAUCUGCAUACUCUCAGUCAAUUGGUGAGAAAAGUAAACCAGGAAUAUUUUAUUCCUGUCCAGUAUAUAAGAAACCUAAACGUACAGACUUGAAUUAUAUAUUUCCUUUAAUGCUACGUAGCGCAGUAGAUGCAGACCAUUGGAUUCUACGUGGAGUUGCAUUAUUGUGUGAUGUUAAAUAGAUAAAUUUUUCAUUUUACUUCUAUGCGAACAGACACCGAUUAUAAACAAUUAACACUCUCAAAUAUUUCGUUGGUAUAGGAUGUUUCUGAUUUUAUUAUGUAACAUUGCAUUCUUCCGAGUUGUAUUUGGAAUAAAAAUUUAUGAAGUACGUAAAUUGACCUCAUUAUGAGGUUUUCUCUCCUGGACCACACUUUCAAAUAAACUAUUACUU